AUGUCAACAACCUUCUCCGACGUGAUACGUAGAUGGAAUAUGGCACCAUUAACCUUAUCCCCUUUGAACCGUCAACAGCUCGAGCUCGCCGUGAGAACGAUACGCGACUCGGAACAUGACGAUGAUGAUGACGAUGGCGACGACGAUACCAACCCCAAUGUCGACCUGUGUCAUCGUCUACCCUCUGCGAUCAGGCCAAAGUUGAUAGAGACGUUGGUCAAGUUUGAAUUCACAAGAGCGCAAGAUCGACUCAGUCUACACUCCGUCUACUGUACAACACGGUCAAAAGCUGGCAUGUCUUGGAUGAUUCAUCAAAGGUUUGAGGGAAUGGAAGCGUAG